UUUAAGAAACACCAGAGCAAAGCAAAGCAGAGCAUUGGAUUUAAUUACUCGUCUCUCCCAUCAUCAUCUUCAUUCUUCUUCGUUACUCACUCUUUCCGUCUCUCUGUGUCUCUGUUUCAAGAAAAGAAAAAAAAAAGGAGAAGAACAGAGCUCUAACCAAAAUUCCCGCGCCUUUUCUCAUUGUUUACCGCCAAAAAUCAUUGGUUUCUCAUAUCCCCUUGUACAGUCUACUAUCAAUAGACUAGCUGCCAAACAGUUAAUAACAUUUGUAACAGAAAAAACGCAAUCCCUUUUGAGAUUCAUACACAUUCUUUGUUGGGUUAUCUCAUAUUGUAAUCCUAACAUUAAUCAAAUUCUAUUCUAGGAUUCUUCUUGGGUUUUUUCUACCUUUUGAUAUCAUCAAUUUGGUUUUUUAGGAAUUGAUAGUAGAUUUUUUUCAAGAUACAGAGGAAUGUUGUGUCAUUAAUGAAAGUUGGUCCAAAUUAAAGAUAGACAGAGUAUUGAAUUCCAUAGUAAACAUACCCGUGUUUCCAAUUCAAUCUCUGUUUUCCGAAUCUGAACAACAAGAAGAAGUUGUUCAGUUCUUGAAUCGAGUUUCAGCAGUAAAUUACAAGAAGAAGAAGAAGAAGAAGAUGAAUACAACAAGUUAUGGGUUUGUUUUGAUUAGUUGGUUAUUUUUGUUAGCAUUCACACCAUUGGGGAUUUAUUCAGAAACCAAAAAGAAUCUAGUGAAGAUGACUCUGGUUCAACAUGCUGUAACUCAAGGAGCUUUUUGUUUGGAUGGAAGUCUACCUGGUUAUCAUCUAGACAGGGGAUAUGGUUCUGGAGCAAAUAACUGGCUUUUACAAUUUGAGGGAGGUGGUUGGUGUAAUGACAUUGAGUCAUGCUUGGAGAGAGCAAAAUCUGGACAUGGAUCGACCAGGUACAUGAGCAAAUGGGAGUACUUCAAUGGGAUUCUAAGCAACAAUGCCUCUUUAAAUCCUGAUUUUCAUAACUGGAAUCGGGUUAAGCUUAGAUACUGUGACGGAGCGUCAUUUUCCGGGGACUCCCUGUAUCAAAAUGAAACAGUAAAGCUAUACUUUAGGGGCCAGAGGAUUUGGAAGGCAAUCAUUGAUGAUCUUCUUCCCAAGGGUUUGAAUCUUGCAGAUAAGGCUCUGCUCUCAGGCUGUUCUGCUGGUGGUCUCGCGACUUUCUUGCACUGUGAUAACUUCACUAGCUUUUUACCCAAAACUACCACUGCAAAAUGCAUGAGUGACGCAGGAUUUUUCCUUGAUAUAAGAGACAUUAGUUUGCAACACACGGCCAGGCAAUUUUUCGAAAACCUUAUUCUUCUACAGGGCACAGAACAAUUUCUGAAUGAAAACUGUACUGGUUCACGUUACUAUCCGUAUCAGUGCUUCUUUCCGCAAUAUGCUUUGCCUUAUGUCAAAGCACCGUAUUUCAUCUUAAAUUCGGCUUAUGAUGUCUUCCAGUUUCAUCAUAAUCUCGUUCCACCUUCUACUGAUUUGCGUGGACAUUGGAGUCGAUGUAAAAACAAUCCUGCAGCGUGUAAUCUACAUCAGCUAACUAUAUUACAAGGUUUUAGAUUUGAAAUGCUUAAAGCUUUGUUAUACUUUUACCAGUACUCCAAAACAGGAGGGAUGUUCUUAAAUUCAUGUUUCUCUCAUUGCCAAAGUGAGUCCCAAGACACAUGGUUUGCUCCAGAUUCCCCGAGAGUUCACAAUAGGACGAUAGCAGAGUCAGUUGGUGAUUGGUACUUUGAGAGAAGGGUAACCAAGUUAGUUGACUGUGCAUAUCCCUGUGAUAAUAGCUGCCACAACACUAUAGGUACAACACCAUCCAACUAUUCUUGCUAAAUGUUGCUGCAUCCUAAGUAUUUUUGAUAGUUGCUCUUAUUUAUGCCAGGUUAAAGGGCAUUAAUUAUAAUACAUUGACAAAGACUUCAGCUGAUGAAGUUGAUUCUUCAUUUUUUCGGGUUUGAAUUCAUCAGUCUCGAUAUUAAUGUUUUCAUACAUUGAUCUUAUAGUAUAGAUGGACAGAAGAAGUUUGUUUUAGGGCGAAGUUUAGAUGAAAAAAUUGGGAAUUCUUCUCAUAUGUGGAGAAGAAGAAAUUAGGAGUAUACGGGAAUCGGUUGAGGACUCGACAAGAAUAGUCGUUGUCAUUCAUGCGUUAAUGUUAUACAGAAUGCUUUUUGUCUUACAAAUGUAGAGUUGUAAAAUAAAGUUACAUUGCGUUCUUUGAUGUCAUUAGUGUAUAAAUUUUUCAGUGAUCUGCACUGCUUUAAAA